AUGAGGACCACAUUCAUCGCACUGAUUGCCCUUCUGGGCCUGUGCUCGGCAGCCGUCCUUCAGCACCAAUUGAUCUACCGUGAAUCCCAAAAGAUUCAGAUGAUGAGACGUGGAGAAUGGGGAGCCUAUGUGCAACAUAAGGCUGCUCUUCGUGAUGCCGAUCCAGCGGUCUACGCCAAUGUACCACAAAACGUUAACGAUUUCGGAGACUUCGAAUACCUUGGAAACAUCACCAUCGGAACCCCAUCCCAACCCUUCCUCGUCGUUUUGGACACCGGAUCUGCCAACCUCUGGGUUCCAGGACCAACUUGCGAUGGCUCUUGCUCUGGAAAAAGAGUUUUCGACUCCUCCAAGUCCACUACCUUCCAAGCCAAUGGAAAGCCAUGGACCAUCCAAUACGGAUCUGGAAACGCCAAGGGAUUCCUCGGAGAGGAUACCGUUGCCUUCGGAGCCGCCACCGAGAAACAACUUCCAGUCCCAUCCACCACUUUUGGAAUUGCCACACACAUCUCAUCCGACUUCAAGAAUGAUGCCGCUGAGGGAAUCCUCGGUCUCGCUUUCACCUCCCUUGCUGUGGACCAUGUUGUCCCACCACUCAUCAACGCCAUCAACCAAGGUCUUCUCGAUCAGCCAAUCUUCACCGUCUGGCUUGAGCACAAGGGAGCCGCCAACAACGUCGGAGGAGGAGUCUUCACCUACGGAGCUCUUGACACCACCAACUGCGGACCAGUGAUUGCUUAUCAACCUCUCUCCUCUGCCACCUACUACCAAUUCGUUGCUUCCAAAUUUACUCUUGGAACCUACACCAUUGCCAAGAACUAUCAAGUCAUCUCCGACACCGGAACCUCUUUCCUCGGAGGACCAAAGGCUGUUAUUGCUAACCUCGCCCAGACUCUUGGAGCCACUUACCACAGCGACGAUGACUCCUACUAUCUUCCAUGCUCCACAAACAUCGGAACCCUCGACAUCCUCAUUGGAUCCAACACUUACUCCAUCCAACCAAUCAACUACAUCAUCGACGUCGGAAUGGGAGAUGGAACUUGCGUUUUCGCUGCCUUCGCUUUCAACAACUUUGGAUUCGGACCAGCCUGGAUUCUCGGAGAUCCAUUCAUCCGUCAAUACUGCAACGUUCACGACCUUGGACAGCAGCGUAUGGGAUUCGCUCCAUCACUCCAAGCCAAAUAA